AUGACACCACCUCAAACUCAACCCCCCGCAACACCAACCUACAUCCUCCGCGGCCACGCCGCCCAGAUCCACAGCCUACACAUCUACCACCACAACCUGCGCUUACUGUCCGGCGACGCCGACGGCUGGAUUGCCGUCUGGGAUCUGGUCUCGAAGCGGCCCGUCGCCGUGUGGAAGGCGCACGACGGCGCCGUUCUGGGUGUUUAUGCCCGGUUUCGUGAGGAUGGGAGUAGUGGGAGCAGUGGGAGUAGUGGGGUUACGGAGGUUUUUACACAUGGCCGCGAUCAUAAGUUGAGGGUGUGGCGGUUUAGCGUUGCUGAGGAGGUGGAGUUGCGGAGGGGAUUGCCGGUCGAUUUUGGGGGUGCAUUUACCGCGGGGGUAGAGGAUGGGGGCAGGCAGCCGUGGUUGGUGCAUUCGCUGCCUGUGAAUGCGUUGAACUUUUGCGCGUUUGCCUGGGUGGAUCUCUCCGCGCUGCCGUCUGGGCCUGCGUCUGUGCCUUCGGAUGGGGAUGGCGAUGGAGGAGCGGAGGCUGAGCCUGAGCCUCCGUCCCAAGACAAGCCCACCUUCACCUCCAUCCCCACCUCCCCCGUGCUCAUCGCCGUCCCCAACGCCCUCAACUCCGGCGCCAUCGACCUGUUCCACCUCCCCACCGAGCGACGCGUCUGCACCAUCCCCGCCGACGGCGAGGUCAAGACCGGCAUGGUCAUGGCGCUUACCCUCUUUCUUUGCCCCGCGGAGCGGGCACUCCACGUCGCGGCCGCGUACGAAGACGGCAGCGUGAUGGUCUUCCGGUCUCCCAUCUCCGUCCAGGGUUUAACUCUGCAGCAGCAGGGCAGUGCACCGACCUGGAAAUGGCAGAAGCUGUACGCGAGCCGCGCGCAUGACCAGCCGGUUCUAUCGAUCGAUGCUGCUCCGUCUGGUCAGUGGGUGUUCUCGUCCGCGGCGGAUGCGAAGGUCGUUAUGCAUCCUUUUCUGCGGAAAGCUGGCGCGGGGGGGUUGGCGAGUGAGCAGCCCGUCAAGGUGGUGAAGACGCGGCAUGCCGGGCAGCAGGGGUUGAGGGUGCGGUCCGAUGGGCGCAUCUUGGCGACGGCCGGGUGGGAUUCCAGGGUCCGGGUUUAUUCGUGUAAGACGCUGAAGGAGGUGGCGGUUUUGAAGUGGCAUAAGGAGGGGUGUUAUGCUGUUGCUUUCGCGGGGGUUGGGACGGGGGAUGGGGAUGGGGAUGAGGGUGAGGGUGAGGUUGAGACUGAGAAUGGUGUUGGCGCCAGUGAGCGUACGCUUACAGGCCUUAAUGGCAAGGGAGGAGGCCUGGCGGCCGUCCAUCGGCGACUACGCAAUCAUAAAGUCCAGAAUACCCACUGGCUCGCUGCUGGGUCCAAGGAUGGGAAGAUCUCGCUGUGGGAUAUCUAUUGA